GGGAGUUCGAGGCCACUUUCUUUCCUGGUCGACUACGAAGAACGACGUUCCCUUUGCUGUCAGAUCUCUCCAGCUCCUGCACCCUCGUCAGGUCUUAUCAGUCAUCUUCACGCGUCACAAUGCUUUCCCAGAAGGUUGCCCAGCAGUCGCUGCGUCGGCUCGCCGUCCAGCAGCCCUACGCCCUGCGUUGGUCUUUGAUGAACUCCGUCUCCCCUGCUGCCGUUGCCCUUGGAAGAAAUGUUCAGAUGAGACAAGCCACCACCAGCACGACCACCUCCGACCCCAACAAGCUCCUUGCUGAGCAGCGUCUGCGCCGUCCCGUUGCCCCCCACCUUUCCAUCUACAAGCCCCAGAUCACCUGGAUCGGCAGUAGUUUGCACCGUAUCACCGGUAUCGUGCUCUCCGGUGGUCUUUACCUCUAUGCGACCGCCUACCUUGCCUCUCCCAUGCUGGGCUUGGAUCUCGGCUCCGCCUCUGCCGUUGCUGCUUUCGGUGCUCUCCCCGUCUUCGCCAAGGUCGCACUCAAGGCUACUAUGGCCAUGCCUUUCACCUACCACUGCAUGAACGGUGUUCGUCACUUGAUCUGGGAUACCGGUCGUGGUCUCACCAAUCCCCAGGUCAUCAAGACUGGCUGGACUGUGGUUGGGCUGAGUACGAUUAGCGCUUUGAUUCUUGCCUUGCUGUGAUUUGAUUGUGCAAUACCUUUUGAUUCCUGUUCUUAUAAAAUGUUCUUCCUGCAAUAUAUUCAAUAAGCAGUCAAUGGAUGGCUGAUUUGUUUUCUUUGAGA